AGUUGGAGGGCAGCGAACUGGGUACGCUUCAGUAUUGGGACGACGCAUACGCGAGAGAAAUCGAGAAUUACAAGAGUCACGGCGACGUCGGGGAGAUUUGGUUCGGCGAAGACGCCGAAAUCAGAAUAGUCAACUGGAUGGUGGACAGCGAAUUGGUGUCGUUCGAGGAUAAUAUCAUAGAUAUAGGUUGCGGCAACGGCAUGACGCUCAUAGAAUUGGCCCGAGAAGGGUUCACAAACCUGACAGGCGUCGACUACAGCCAGGCAGCCGUCGAACUCGCAAAGGCGAUCGCAGAAAAACAAGAACUCAACAUCGAUUAUCACAAAUUCGACAUCCUGUCCGAGGAAAACAUCUCGAACCUGGGCCCUUUCAAAAUCAUCCACGACAAGGGAACCUACGACGCCAUCAGCCUGUGUCCUGACGACACCAGGAGAAAAAGGUUGAAGUAUAUCGAUAACAUAUGGCACCUGAUGAACCAGGAUGGUCUGUUGGUUUUAACCAGUUGCAAUUGGACGGAACAGGAGUUGGUUAGGAGUUUCGGUGACAGGUUUGAGUUAAUACAGGUUAUACCUACGCCCAGGUUUACUUUUGGGGGUAAGAGUGGGAGUUUGAUCACUUCGGUUGUUUUUAAAAAAAGGGAAAUGAAAAUUGUAUAGUGUGAGGGGCGCUUUAGGGUAAGGCUGGUUUCACACUGGGGGUUUUGUAUGUGGUGAGUGAGAUUGGUUUUGUGUGAAGCCGGUUAAGUGUGUGGAGGGCUUUAGCGUUUAAAGCUGUCUUCACACUUGAGAUUUUGAAUAAAUGUGUAAUAAAAGUUGAAAUAAAAAGUGAAAUUAUUAUAA